AUGUUACAGACACUUUUUUGUGUUAGAAGUAAUAUGUUUUCUUGGUUAAGUAAUUCAAAGAAAAAAGAUACUACUGAUCUUGAGAGUGUUGCUGAAGGAUUAAGAAAAAUAUAUAAACAAAAAUUAUAUCCAUUAGAAGAAUAUUACAAAUUCCAUGAUUUUCAUUCACCAGCUCUUGAUGAUGCAGACUUUACUGCAAAACCUAUGAUAUUACUUGUUGGACAAUAUUCAACUGGUAAAACAACUUUUAUUAAAUAUCUAUUAGAAAAAGAAUUUCCUGGAAUAAGAAUUGGUCCAGAACCAACAACAGAUAGAUUUAUUGCUGUCAUGCAUGAUAAAGAAGAAGGUGUCAUUCCAGGAAAUGCUUUAGUUGUUGAUUCAACAAAACAAUUUAGAGCUCUUAGCAAAUUUGGAAAUAAUUUUUUGAAUAGAUUACAAUGUUCAACUUUAGAUAAUAAAGUUUUAGAGUCAGUUACUAUUGUUGAUACACCUGGAAUAUUGAGUGGUGAAAAACAACGUCUUGAUCGUGGUUAUGAUUUUACAGGAGUAUUAGAAUGGUUUGCUGAACGUGUUGAUAGAAUAAUAUUAUUAUUUGAUGCUCAUAAACUUGAUAUUAGUGAUGAAUUUAAAAGAUGUAUAGAAGCAUUAUCGGGAAAUGAAGAUAAAAUUAGAAUUGUUUUAAAUAAAUCUGAUAUGGUUGAUCAUCAACAAUUGAUGCGUGUUUAUGGUGCUUUAAUGUGGAGUUUAGGAAAAGUAUUUAAAACACCAGAAGUAUCUAGAGUUUAUAUUGGUACAUUUUGGGAUGAACCACUUCAUUAUGAUAUUAAUAGAAGAUUAUUCCAAGAUGAACAACAAGAUCUAUUCUCUGAUUUACAGGCUUUACCACGUAAUGCUGCAUUGAGAAAAUUAAAUGAUCUAAUUAAAAGAGCUAGAUUAGCAAAGGUACAUGCUUAUAUUAUUGCUGAAUUAAGAAAACAAAUGCCAACAAUGAUUGGUAAAGAAAAAAAAAAGAAAGAAUUAAUUAACAAUCUUGAUAAAAUUUUUGAACAAUUACAAAGAGAACAUAAUAUUUCACCAGGAGACUUUCCUGAUGUCAAUAAAAUGAGAGAAAAUCUUCAAAAUUGUGAUUUUACUAAAUUUAAUCCAAUUAAACCAAAGUUAUUAGAAGUUGUUGAUGGUAUGUUAAGUAGUGAUAUUGCUAGAUUAAUGGCACAAAUACCAAAAGAAGAAGCUGAAUCUGCACAAAAUGGUAAACAUAAUGAUUCUGUUAGAGGAGGUGCUUUCUCAAGAACUCAAAAUACUGAUACACCAUUUGGUAUGGGACGUGGAGAAGGAUUUGAUAAAGGUUCUGAUGAAAAAGAAUGGAUUGUUACAAAAGAAAGAAAUAAUCUUGAAACUGAUUUUGAAUCACUUGGACCAGUUGAUGGAAAGAUUAGUGGCCGUGUUGCCAAAGAGUACAUGGUUAAAUCAAAAUUACCAAAUAGUGUAUUAGGAAGAAUUUGGAAGUUAGCUGAUAUCAAUGCAGAUGGUAUGCUUGACAGUGAGGAAUUUGCUCUUGCAAAUUAUUUAAUUAAUUUAAGACUAGAAGGUCAUGAACUUCCAGAAACAUUACCAAAUCAUUUACUUCCACCAAGUUAUCGAGAAAGUAAAGAAAAUGGUUCUGUAUAUCCUUCACUAGAUGAUUAA